AUGAAUGUCCCCUUCAUCUCCAGGCUCCGAUACCACCUCGUGGAAAUGGAAAUGCUUGAGAGAAAAGUGUGGGUUUUCGGCACCCUCCAAGAUCGGCGAGCAAAAGGUCCGCUCUCAGGCUGGGUCGAUACACCCCAGAUUGUGUACUCGGCAUGGAACCAGGCUGCGGGUGAAACCGAUCGGCCUCUUGUACCUCAGCGUUCCAACUUCUCUAUCCCUCUUGUCGGUGGUGGCAUCACCAAUGUGGUUCUGGCUUUCAACCUCGUCAAGGCCGGUGGUGAUGUCGGCUUGAUCGAAGCCACAGAUGAUAUGGGCGGUUGUCUCCGAACCAUUCAAACCCCUGACGGUUUCCAUUACACCUUCAUUCAGAACUUCCCUGAUCCAGGCAAAGUUCCCACGAUCGUCUUCUGCCAGGAGACUCCUAUCUCUUGGAUCAGCCAGAACGUCACUGUUAAAGGCUUCGAGAAAGUCAGCAACGGCUGGGGGUCUCUGAUCUCCAAGGGCUUGACUGGUGUUUCUCAGUCGAUUACUGCAUCAUCCCGGAAUAGCAAAAGUACCUCGAUGAGUUUUGGCAAUGACAGUUUCUACACUGCACUCCAGCGCAUCUUUGGGGAGAAACACGAGUGGGACGUUCCGGGUGGUCAGGUCUGGACUGAAGAUGACUUUGAGCGAUUCGGUACCCUCGGCGUUGGUUCAGGUGGCUUUGGCGCCGUCUACUCUGCUGGCUUCAACUCCAUCUUCCGCCUCAUCGUCAAUGGCCUCGAGUCAGACCAGGCUGUCUUUGCCAAGAUGACUGAUGAUGGUCUCCAAGCGACCGGCAUCCGGGAGUUGGCCAACGUCAAAUGGCAGAGGGCUCCGGACCUGGGCCUCAAGACCAAGUUUGACACUGUUGCCAAGAUCACCAGCGGCGGCGGCGGCGAUGUUGACUAUUAUGAUCUUGCUGUUGUUGGCACCUCGAGCCGAGCCAUGAACUUUGCCCUCGCGGAUGUCUCGGACACAACCAACGAGCCCAUCAUGUCAUCUGCUGUCAACCGUGGUAUCACCGAUCUACACAUGACUGCCUCCUCUAAGCUUUUCAUCCGCACGAAGAAGUUCUGGAGUGACCAGCCAGCUGAUUUCCCUCGUGUUAUUCUGUCUGAUACAGACCUUCCCCAGGCUUACACGCUCGACUACGGACAUCCAGACUAUGGCAUGGUCCUUCUCACGUAUGCUUGGGAGGAUCUCUCGCAGACCAUCUUGGCCAUCCAAGAUCCUCACAAGCUGCUCUCUAUCCUCAAGGAGCAGAUUGCCCGUAUCAUGCGAGAUAGCAGCUAUCCCAACUACGCCGACUUCCUCGACCCGGUGACUGACGAUGACGUGUACCUCGUCCACUGGCCCCUCGAUCAGUACUCCUAUGGUGCAUUUUCUCUUGGUCUUCCAGGACAGGACAAGCUCAUCUCUUCCAUGUUCUAUGACUACCAGAAGCUGAACGAUACUUCGAGCUCCCGAGUCUUGAUCAACAGUGACUGCACGUCAUUCCUCGGAGGUUGGGUUGAUGGUGGACUGCAGCCAGCGCAUAACUCUAUGGCUGCAAUCUUUGAGCGCUUUGGCUCUUUGAACCCUGUUGCAGCUAACUUUGCGCCUUCUGCGCUUUUGGGUGCCAGCCCUUACCAGUACUAA